ACCCGUAUGAUUUCCACUUUCUCAAGCCCCAACUUGACGGCACUGAUACAAACUUUCUUGACAAAUGAGGCUGGAAUGCGCGGUGUGAAGGACGGGGUUAGUUUCUGAAGCAGCAGCAGCAGCGGUGUGUUUGUCCGGCUGGUCGUGUGAACUUGAAGCACUACAGUAUGAGCGACAGCGACAUCCUGGAGAUGGACUCUGACAUCGAAGAUUUUGGCGAUAUACAAUUGGGCAUAAUAGACGAGGAAGUUGUAUAUCCUCAAGAGUUUUUACCCACGUAUCAAUCCAUCGCAGAAGGGGCACAAGUAGCCAAAGCACAUCUGGUAGAGUUUAACGACAAACCAGACUCCUUGUUCUUCAACGAUGGGGUCAGGAGGAUCGAUUUCAUCUUGGUGUAUGAAGACGAGGAAAAGAAGGACUUUGAGAAGAGGCACACGUUCCAAAGGCGGAAAAGACGACGGGAAUAUUUUGAGGCCAGUCUGAUGAAGAUGGGUUUGGAAUUGGAAGCUACCCCUUCUGUGGUUGACGAGAAACUCAUAUUUGUCAAAGCUCACAUGCCAUGGGAUGUGCUGUGCACCUACGCCGAGGUCCUGCACAUCAAGGUUCCCAUCCAGCCCAAUGACCUGAACGCCAACCCUUCCAUGUGGCGCUAUUUAUCCUGCAUCACCAAGCACUUCUAUCCCAACGAAAAACUGAUCCGAAAGGAGACUGAGUACUUCACUGCACCCUUUGAGAAAGAACGCCAGGAAUAUUUCUAUAUCAAGGACAAAGAUCUCUUCUUCACUCCAUCCAUGAGGAGUAGGAUGGCGUAUUACAUCCUGAGCAGAGCUCCUUAUGAAAUACGGAAGAACAUCAAGAAGUUUGGUAUCACCAAACUGCUGGAUGGUGGAGUGUAUAAAGCUGCCUAUCCCCUUCAUGAUUCCAGGUUCAAUGUGAAGUCUGAAGAAGAGGGCUGUCCCAAUGAGAGGUUUCUGCUCUAUGAAGAAUGGGCUCACCCCAAGAGCUUCUACAAGAUGCAACCACUUGAUCUCAUAAGGAAGUACUAUGGAGAGAAGAUUGGCAUUUACUUUGCCUGGCUGGGCUUCUACACAAUAAUGCUGGCUGUGGCUGCAUUUGUAGGACUAGGCUGUUUCAUCUAUGGAUACAAGACACAAGAAACAAGCACCUGGAGCAAAGAGGUGUGCAACCCUGACAUUGGAGGAAAGAUUGUAAUGUGUCCACAGUGUGACCUCUGCAACUUCUGGACGUUAAACAGCACCUGUGACACCUCAAAAACGCUGUGUAUAUUUGAUAAUUUUGGGACUUUGGUUUUUGCAGUUUUCAUGUCGGUCUGGGUUACUUUGUUCCUGGAGUUUUGGAAACGCUACCAGGCAGAGUUGGAUUAUGAAUGGGACACAGUGGAGUUCCUGGAGCAGGAAGAGCCACCUCGGCCAGAAUAUGAAGCCAAAUGUAUUUAUGACAGGAAAAACCCAGUCACAGGGGUGAAAGAAAAAGUGCCGUAUACAUCCUGUGGGAGAUGCUUUCGGAUUUCCGUAGGAAUCGGGACUGUUCUUUUCUGGAUUAUGUUGAUCCUGGCUUCCAUUGUGGCCAUCAUUGUGUACCGUCUGGCUGUCUUCAUUGCUUUCUCGUCUAAACUCAGAAAUAAUGACUUGAAGGAUUUGGAGCCGAUAAAGGAGUAUGUGACUCCUCAGAUGGCCACCUCGGUCACAGCCUCCCUCCUCAGCUUUGUUAUUAUUAUGAUCCUCAAUGUUCUGUAUGAGCGAGUCGCCAUCUGGAUCACAGACUACGAGCUGCCACGGACCAGGACCGAGUACGAAAACAGCUUGACGCUGAAGAUGUUCCUCUUUCAAUUUGUGAACUACUACUCCUCUUGUUUCUACAUUGCCUUCGUAAAAGGGAAAGCAGUUGGUUAUCCUGGACAGCCUGUUUAUCUUUUAAACGUAUACAGGAACGAGGAGUGUGAUCCAGGCGGUUGCCUUAUUGAGUUGACCACUCAGCUCUCCGUCAUCAUGGGGGGAAAAGCCAUCUGGAACAACAUCCAAGAGGUCUUGCUACCGUGGUUGAAGAAUGUGAUUUCCCGCCACUGCACCGGUAAAACCUCAGAAAAGGAGACACCUCGCUGGGAGCAGGACUACAGGCUCCAGUCCAUCUCCAAACUAGGACUGUUCUAUGAGUAUCUGGAGAUGGUCAUCCAGUUCGGCUUUGUGACCCUGUUCGUGGCCUCCUUCCCUCUGGCUCCAGUUCUGGCUCUGCUUAACAAUCUCUUUGAGAUUCGGGUUGACGCUUGGAAAAUCACCACUCAGUUUCGACGCAUCGUGCCUGAGAAGGCCCAGGAUAUAGGAGCCUGGCAACCCAUUCUGCAAGGCAUCGCCAUCUUGGCUGUUGCAACAAAUGCCACGAUCAUUGCUUUUACAUCAGACAUGAUUCCACGGCUAGUCUACUACUGGUCUUUCUCCGUUUACCCGUACGGAGACCACGCUGAUCACACGAUGCAGGGAUACAUCAACAGUUCCCUGUCCGUAUUCAAGAUCAGUGAUUUCAGGAACACUUCGACCAACACUGCUACUUUCACGGCCGCCAACUUCACCACCUGCAGGUAUCGAGAUUUUCGGUUUCCACCGGGGCAUUACAGACAGUAUGAGCACAACACCCUCUAUUGGCAUGUGAUAGCUGCCAAAAUGGCUUUUAUAAUUGUUGUGGAGCACAUUGUGUACUUUACCAAGUUCAUCCUGUCGUACAUGAUCCCAGAUGUCCCAUACACCGUCAAAGAGCAGAUCAAGCGAGAGAAGUACUUGACCCAGGUGAUCCUCCACGAGACCAGCCUGAAGCUGGUGACCAAACGUUUGAAACCAGCUCUAGACGACACUUUGAUCCAUGAAAUGGCAGGUGCUACAAAGGAAGAAAUGGAAUUGGAUAUGGAUUUCUGACAGAAAUCCUUGGAAGAAGAUAUCAGGCCCUUUUUUAUAAACCUUUUUCUUUCUUGAUACAGUCAGGAAGGAAACGUGUUUCUUGAGGAGGUUCUAGACAAAGAAGGGAGAAACCACUGAAUGUGUUUUUAUUUUUACCACUGUGUUCUCGCUGGCUCCAGUCGGGCAUGAGAAAGCACUCAUGCUUCCCCUCAUCUUAGAAAAUGUCCUUUUAUUGUUUUAGUUUGGCUAAACCUGCUCUUUUGUUUGCAUCAGACAAAACAAGGUAAACUUAAAUAUGGACUUCGUGCAAACAAUUGAUUUGAAACGUUUUCAGCACUUUCUUAUCAACAAAUACCACUUUGAACACAAGGCUCAUCAAAUGUGAAUUUUUAGCACCGUAACCUCACCAGAUUUAGAUUUAGACAAUCUGUUUAAUUUUAAAUUCAAAACCUCAUAUGUGGUUGUUAAGAGAAGUCAAAAUGUUUUCAUUUAGUCGGUGACUAGUUGGAUAUUAAAGAAAAGAAAAAGCAGGGAUCUCAGAUCAGCUCCGUUCACUGUGAAGGCUCUAAAAAGUGUCCUUUUCUUUGUGAGUUUAUGUUUUUUAAGUGACCGUCUGAUGGGUCGGUCUAUACGUGAGGGCUGGAGCUCGGAUAAAACUCAGUGCAACAAUAAUAAAGUGCCUUCUUAUUGUCUUAUUGUUACAGUUGACAAGAACCGAAAUGAUUUGCUGAACAUUUCACUGUGUUUAACAUUGAUAUACGUUCUCAUCAAACCAACUAACCAAAUGUACUUUGUCAAUUCACCUUCACGUUUGUUAGGAAAGAAAACCACGUGAUGUUUCACAAAAACACAGUAUUAAUAAUUAUGCAAUCAUUUUAAUUAAUACAAAUGUACAGAUGUACAGUUACAGCUUUAUUGUAUCAGAAGCUUGAUUGAUCCUGUGUAAUGGUUUCAGCUAUGUGGAGUCCAUGUUUCUGCUUGUUGUAUUUCUUGUUGUUGUAUUUAGCACUAAUGCACAGUUUUGUAUUGAAAUAUUUUUAUUUACAGAGUCAAGAGUCCUUUUAUACAUGACCACUGAGCUGCAUGUCACAUUCUGUGAUUAUAGAUGUAGUUGUCUCCUGUGUGACUCUAAAAUAACCAAAGCUGUAUUAUUACGUUGUCCCUAACUAUGGUACUAUACCCACCAUGUGCACAUACAGUAUCAGCAACUUUUGAUGCAUAUGUGUGCUGUCUUUUAAUGUAUAUUGUUACAUUGUUUUUUUAUUUUUAAAAAAAGGAAAAACUAUUUUAUUUGUAUUACAA